AUGAUCCUGGCUAGGAGGCGGUUCAUCGUUCUGCCUGACGGGCGCUUCAGCGCGGCAGCCGGCUUCAUGCUGCUCGGCGGCCGCGUCAAGGAGCUGCUGGACUCGCUCCUUCAUGUGGCAAUGCUCGUCGCCCUUGCUGCAAUCAGAAAUAGCUCCAUGAAGAGGGGCCUGUUCCAGCUGUUUUUGGCAAACACAACAUUUUGCAGGCGUGCUUGCCCCUGGUUCCACACCUUCCCCUACCUCCCAGCCGCCUCCCUCCUCGAAAUCAGUGCCUCCCUCCCUCGGAUCUGGCGCUGCCAGCCCGCUGCUGCCACUUGGCACCACCCAAUUGGCCAGCCGUCGCCGCAGAAGCCUCCCUCGCCCACUCCUCGCUCGCCACCUGUUCCCCGCGCUCCCCCUCAGCACCGCAGGGCCCGUCCGGCCCGAGACGGCGCCGCCGCAGCCCGCGAAGGCCUGAGCGCCCCGCGCCUCCCGCUCCCGAUCUGGAUUGAGGGGAGGAGCCCCUCGACCCCGAGCCCUCGUCGCCCCAGCGCCUCCUCGUCCGCGUCGCCUUCCCCGUCGUCCUGCCAGAGCAGCAAGCCGCCGCCAGGCCAGCGCCUCGCCUCCUUCCUCCUCCUUCCUCCCUGUCUCACCUCCCUCUCUGCCCGCCCCUGCAGGGAACCGCCGCCACCCGUGGAGCUCGCCGCCGAUGCCGCCUUCAUCGAAUCCGGACGAGAUCCACCGGGUCCGGUUGCCCUCGGUCGGAUCUGCCCGUUCCCGCUGCCCCUUGGCCACCUCCUGGCCUUCCUGCCGCUGCGGCACGCCGACUCCCCGCUGCCAUGGCCGCCUCCCUUCUGCGUGCUCGUGCAGGCGCACGAGGAGGAGGACGAUCGAGCCUCCAUCCCACGUGGGCCUCCCCAGCGCUUCCGGCCCAGCAGCACCGCGGCCCAGAUCUGCCGGCUUGCCAAGCCUCUCCUCCAGCCGGGCCGAAGCCCAUGGUUCCGGUAAUGUUGCGUUCAUGAGGAUUCGUUCGAUUGCUCCCGUUCGUCUUCUUCAUGGACUCGUUCUUCUUCCUUGCGGGAUCUCAG